AUGAACAAGGGCUCGCUGUUUGAAAAAGCCGCGGUCCUGCCCGCGCAGAAGAAAAAGGAAGACGACAGUGUGGCCAUUGCUUGCUUCAACUGCUCCAGCACAAUCACCCCGCUAUGGCGCCGCGACGAUGUCGGCAACACCAUCUGUAACGCGUGCGGCUUGUAUUAUAGACUCCACGGCAGCCACCGCCCCAUCCGGAUGAAGCGCAGUACAAUCAAGCGCCGCAAGCGCGUU